AUGGAGGCUCCUGGCUGUGGCCUACCUUUGAUGAAAGGAGGAGAGGCCGAGACCAGCUACGCUAGAAAUUCUUCUGUUCAGGUUCCUGGCACGAAGAAGGCCUACUACCACUUUGUCCCAUUGGUCUUUUAGGGUUCUCAAACCCUGUGAUGUGCGUUUUGUUUUCUGCAGAGAACUUUCGUAGAAGAGGCUUGGCCAAUCACGGAAGAAGCCGUCUUCAAGCUUAUCUGUGGUAUCAAUGGUGACAAGCUCACUUUAGCUGACCUGGGUUGCUCUUCAGGCCCGAACACCCUUUCCAUCGUGGCCAACGUUCUGGACAGCGUCGAGGAGGGACGCCGACGGUUCGGCCGGACCCCCCCGGAGGUCCAGGUUUUCCUGAACGAUCUCCCCGGGAACGAUUUCAAUACCAUCUUCCUCUCUCUCCAGGAUUUCUACGAGAAGCGUGAGGCCUUGAAAGGAGCAGAGGGCCUAUGCCGCUGCUUCGUGGCUGGAACCGCAGGCUCCUUUCAUGGGAGGCUUUUUCCGAGCAGGAGCAUACACUUAUUUCACUCCUCUUCCAGCCUUCACUGGCUCUCGCAGGUUUAUCCGACCCAUAGAAGACGAUAAUUUUCGUUUUUAGAAGAAGAUGCAUGUUUUGGUUUCCUCUACUAAGAAGGCAAAGAUUGGGAUUCUGAUACAAGUAAUUCAUCUCCAUCAUUAUAUGAUUGUUUGGGAACCGCUGCUAUACUCUCCCCUUUCUACUCCAUCUCCGAUAAGAAGACUUUUCUAACAUGAUUGUUUGGAGUGACGUAUAGGCAUUGAACUGACUCCUGGAAAUCCAUUGCCAUAUGCUCCUAUAAGUUAACGAGAGCAAGAUAAAUAUCACAAAUUUGUAAUAUAGUAUGAGUGUACAAUGGAUCAUCCACUAAAUGUCUCUCAGGUUAUUCAUCUAUGAUUUUGGUUCACACUGGACUUCAUUUUAAGAAAAUAAGAUGUUUGUGUUGGAUGAUAAUUUUUUUUGUUCUCUUAAAUUAUUCAUGGGAAGAUGAAUUACAGGAUCCACUAAAGACUCAAGCAGAGCGCGGGAUGUUUUUGAACAAGGGGAACAUCUACAUUUCCGAAGAAAGUCUACCUUCUGUGGUGGACGCAUACACAAGACAAUUCCAGAGUGACUUCUCAGGUUUUCUAAAGUCUCGAUCAGUAGAAAUAGUUGCCGGCGGACGGAUGGUACUGACCAUACCUGUCCGAACAAGUUUGGAUCCGGCCCAGGAGGAAUUUAUUCGCAUAUGGAACCUGUUAUCUCAAGCGCUUAAGGAUCUUGUUCAAGAGGUGCAUGUUACUAAUUUGAUUUCUUUUCAUAUGCAUCAUCAAAAAUAAUGAAAUGUGCUUUUAUCUACAGUUGUUUGAUAUUUACUAAAUAUACUUCUGCACACUGUUAUGACCAUUUUCAGGUGAUAAAUUUAUUUUAUUAGUUUGGAUUUGCAAUUUAUUUCUUAGAAGUCAUAACAAGGAGAGAGUGCAUCUUUCCGUCAGCUUUCUUUCUUCAGUCAAGAUGAAUGAAUGUGACACAGAAUCAUACUGUAACAAUAUUUUAUAUAUUUAUAAAAUUCCAUACCUACUCUAAUUACCAGUCACAUGUUGAAAAUUUUAUUAUUGUAUCAGAAUGUACUGUUAACCUUCCAACGAAAGUUGCCUAAUCUUAUCUCUAUGGCGUAAGCUUCUCUAAGUUUGUUGAAGAUCCGAAUCAUUUGGGAGGAGAAAUUUUUUAGAAAAGGAACUUAGAAAACUAUGGAAAACUUAGAAAGAGAAAUAUUGCUUAAAUUUUUAGAAGCAAUGUCAACAAUAGCUAGAUCAUGAAUAACUUUGAACUUUAGAUAAAUACUUUCGGUAUUUAGAAUUCACUUUUCUUUGCAUGCCUGUAAGAGAGGAAUUGAAAAGAAACUGUUAUUCUAAUUUGGUUCUACUUUCAAGCCAAACACAACAAGCUGACAUUUGUUAAUGUAAUGUGGUUUCUUGGCUUGACUUGAUGUUCUCCAGUUUCUUCUUUGUACUUCCUGUAUUGUUUGAUACUGAUGGAUCAUCAAUACUCUCCUUAUGUCUAAAUAUGUUGAAACACUUGAAUUGAAGUUGUCAAUUACAAACUCUAUUUUGAAUUCAAUGUGCCAACACUCAUUGUUGGAUCUUGUCACCUCAUUCAAGUUGUUAACAGAUAAAUUCAGAAUUUAAUUCCAACAUUCACUUUUUAUAUUGGCUCCCUUAAAACAUCUUGAUAUGGGCAUUGUUUCCCAAAUGUUAGAUUGGUUGUCUAGAAAUAUGUCAAAAGAUGAUGUUUAAUCUAUAUAUAAACCAUCUUCAGUAACUUAUGCACAAAAUAAAUACAAAUGCUUCCAAAACCUUGUGUUCUAUUAAUCAUGAAAAUCAAUGUCAACAAAGUAUUCGUUGAUUUGACAGAGAUGCCUCAGUAGAAUAAUGUUGGAGACAAUGAAUUACUUUUAUAAUAAAGAAAUCUUCUCCCAUUUCUCUCUCUAUUUGAGUAUAUAAUAAUAACUUAACUAGUUUUUCAGAUCUCUAUACUUUAAAAUUAUAUUUUCUAGCAUAUCUGUAGGCAUAGGUGACAUGCAAAUUUGUAAGAGAAAUGUGAAAUAAAUUAAAUGAAUAUUAGAAUGCUAUGUGUCACCAUAAUCUUUUAGCAAGCUUUGUAAAUUUUAUAUUUUUCUUGAAAUAGCUACAAGUUGUACAAACUUAGAUCCAAAUGAAUUCAGCUUCAAAAAAUUUCAAGCUUGCAUUUAUGAUGUGAGUGAUGAUUCAAUCAAAAUAAUGUAUUUCAUCUUAUAAAAGUUUGUGAGAAAUGCCUGACAAUUAACUUUAUAUUUAGGGUCACAUCAAGGAGGAGGAUGUUGACACUUUCAAUUUGCCAUUGUACUUGCCUUUAGCUCUAGAGGUGGAACAAGAGAUUCAUAAAGAGGCAUCAUUCUCUGUGGAGUGCCUAAAAGUAUUUGAAACACGUCUAAAUUUAUUGCUAGAGCAUGCUACAGUGAGUAUACCACAAAGCAUUACAAAUUGUGUGCAAGCAGUACUAGAGCCCUUGUUAGUGAGGCAUUUUGGAAGUGAUAUUAUUGAAGCUUUAUUUUCAAAGUACAAGAAAAUGAUUGAGGAAGAUAGAUCCAUAGUAAAGGUCAAGCUAAGUAACUUAGUUGUUUCAUUAGUGUAUAAGGUAUAA